AUGAACAGGGAAGAAUUGGAGGCGCUUCACCGCAAGCAGACCAAAGAUUUGACCAAUACCAUAACGGGGCUCAAGAAGCAAGCCACGAAAAAGACAAGAAAGGCGGUAAAUGUACGAUGUGCGGAAAUGGAGCUUGAACUCAAGCAAAAACAGGAACAAGAACUUCGUGAUUUUGAUGGCAUUGAAGAGGAAAACGGAACCCAAAACGAAGACACAGACCUACAGAAGCUCAUUAGACUUACAGAACUGCAAUCUAUGGAGCCAAAGACUUCAAAAGUGGAGGAAACACCAAAUGAGAAGGCAUCAGUUCCUCGAAAAAAUCGACAAAAAGAAAGGCUUGCGAGACGAGCAGCCAAGGAGCAGGAGCUCCGUGACCAGGCUCUUGAAGAAUUGAAGAAUCAGCCCGAUUUGCGUGCCGAAGAAAUGGCGGCGAUGGACAGAAAAAUCGAGCUUCUUGGACUCGAGGUUUAUGACAUAAAACCCGAUGGUCAUUGUCUUUUUGCAUCGAUCCAGCACCAGCUCCAGACACGGCACAGCAUCGAACUCAGCAUUUCCGAGCUCAGGCAAAAAUCAGCAGCAUUUAUUCGUGAAAAUCCAGACGAUUUCGUGCCGUUUCUCAUGGCCGAAGACCGCGAAAUUCACGAAUACACAAAAGAAUUGGAAUCUACAGCUAUGUGGGGGUCAGACAUGGAAAUCUUGGCUCUUUCUCGGCUCCUCGACUUGUCUACAACGGUAAUUCAGGCCGAUUCCACCGUCACCAUCCACGAAGAAGGAACUAAACCGAUCUUUCUCGGCUACUUCCGACACUCGUACGGUCUUGGGGAGCACUACAACAGUCUACAGGCGCGGUCUGAUUAA